AGGCUUUUAGCCCACCAAAACGCGCCGUUCUCUGGUCUUUUCCGUCUCUCCGUUCGCUUCUCAGCGGCUCUCUUCGUUCGUCCAUUUAUCCUCUCUCUUCAAUCUUCAAACUUUCUUGAAGAACGUACUUGAUUUCUCUUCCCUGUUCAAUCUUCAAUCUAGGGCAGCUUUCAUUUUCUUGGAUUAGUUAGGACAAAAAUAAAAAAGUAAAAAAGAAUGAGCUUGAUUCUGAGACUCAGACAUGGAUUUUGCAGAAAACCCAUUUUCCCUUCAACAAUGGCGGUCAAUUCCUCCUCUUACCUAAACAGACAACAUAAACAAUUCAGUCAACCCGCAAGGCAAGUAGAAGAACAAGCAGAAGAAGAAGAAGUUGAGAUUGACCAAAGGAGGCUUCCGGCUGAUUACGACCCAGCAACAUUUGAUCCCACUGAGCAUCGAAGCCCACCAACCCAGCGUGUUUUCCGGCUUGUCGACGAAAUUUCUGGGCUUACCCUGAGUGAAGUUGCAGAGCUGGGUUCCAUUUUGAUGAAGAAAAGGGGAAUGAAAGAACCCCCAGUUGUUGGAGUGAUGAAACCAGGGGCUGCUGAGUUGGCUGGAAUGGCUAUGAAAGCUCCAACAGCAGCUAAGGAGGAGAAGAAGCCUGAAAAGACCGUUUAUGAAUUGAAGUUGGAGUCUUUCGAGGCUGCUUCAAAGAUCAAGCUGAUUAAGGAGGUGAGAAGUUUUACUGAUUUGGGUCUUAAAGAAGCUAAAGAGUUGGUAGAGAAGACACCCUCUGUAUUAAAGAAAGGAUUGUCCAAGGAGGAAGGUGAGCAGUUAAUGGAGAAGUUGAAAGCACUUGGAGCAAAAGUUGUUCUGGAAUGAAAAGGGAAGUGAUGAUAUUAAUUGUAUGUUGUUUUCCAUUUGAGAUUUGGUGGAUUCAAUUUUGAUGGUUCUAAAGAAAGUUUUGGUCUUUCUAAAUUUAUAUAGAUCCAAAUGGAAACCCAUAUCAGAUUUCUCUGAUUAAUUGAUAGUUCUAGGUUGUUCUUUCA